CAGGCUGACGUCAUCCAAUGCGACGCCCCCUGAAGCCACACUGCCACCGUCUCGCUUUGGAAACACUGUCAGAAGUGUGACCGAGUUCAGAAAGAAUCUCAAGAGGCAGACAAGAUAAAGAAGAUGCCAAAAAUGUAUCCAGCUGGCCAGAAGAGUUUAUAGAAAGAAUGUCAACGUGAAGAGGAUGUCUCUGAAAAGAGGAACAAAAGAAAGGGUAGGACUAACAUUCAGAGACCCGGCAAAAUUAUAAACCGUAUCAAGCUGAAAGACUGUAAUCCUCAAUAUAUGGACCCAGAUGAAGAUUUAAACAGAUUGGGCUCCAGUUUGGGCAGACGCUGCUCCUUGAAGGACAGUAAUGCCCACAAGCCGUCGGAAUCCUCGAAGACUAACACAGUGAGGCACAAGAAGAAAUUGUGUCCAAAUCAAACUGGAGAAGAGAUAAAGAAGAAGAUGCCAAAAAUGUAUCCAGCUGGCCAGAAGAGUUUAAAGAAAGAAUGUCAACGUGAAGAGGAUGUCUCUGAAAAGAGGAACAAAAGAAAGGGUAGGACUAACAUUCAGAGACCCCGCAGAAUUAUAAACCGUAUCAAGGUGAAAGACUGUAAUCCUCAAUAUAUGGGCCCAGAUGAAGACUUAAACAGAUUGGGCUCCAGUUUGGGCAGACGCUGCUCCUUGAAGGACAGUAAUGCCCACAAGCCGUCAGAAUCCUCGAAGACUAACACAGUGAGGCCCAAGAAGAAAUUGUGUCCAAAUCAAACUGGAGAAGAUUUUCAAGAGAAUGACAACUUGUCCUCUCUUCAGGGUCGUCCACAAAGUAAACAACCUGACAAGAAUAGGAAGAAAGUGGCAUCGGCAACAAAGGACUUGGUAACGACCUCACAGCACCCUAGAUUUCAGCCCAUUGUGAAGCUAACAAGGAUCGAUGCCAUCAAAUCUCAAGGAGUGUACAAUAUAAAUCCAAUCCGCCAACAGUGUGUGCGAACAUUUAAAUACAAAUUGAAUUCUAAAGAUAAUGGAGGGAUUCAUGGGAGGAAGAAACUGUAUCACUGUCCUGAAGGUGGGAAACAAUUCUCGGAUAGUCACAUGCCUACGAAACGCAGAGAAGAUAAUACAGGGAAGGAGCCAUACCACCAUUCUAAAUGUGUUAAGAAGUUUUCAAAACACAGCCAUACCACAACUCCCAUUGUAGAGAAACCAUAUUUGUCUAAACGUGGCAAACGAUUCUCACAAGUGAGCCACCUUCAGAUACACAUUAUUGGUCAUGAAGGACAGGGUUUAUGUCGUUGUCCAACAUGUGGUAAACAUUUCUUUAACAGGAGCAGUCUUUUAAAACACAAAAGAAUUCACACUGGAGAGAAACCAUAUCGUUGUUCUGAAUGUGGCAAACGGUUCUCACAAACAAGCCAUCUUCAGCCACACAUGAGAAUGCACACAGGAGAACAGCCAUUUUCCUGUUCUGAAUGUGGCAAACGGUUCUCACAAACAAACGCUCUACAGACACACAUGAGAGUGCACACAGGAGAACAGCCAUUUUCCUGUUCUGAAUGUGGCAAACGAUUUUCAGGUAGCAGUAAUCAUCUGAAGCAUUUAAGAGUUCACACUGGUGAGAAGCCCUAUUGCUGUCCUGAAUGUGGCAAAAGAUUUUCCAACACAAGCAAUCUUCUGCGUCAUGCAGGAGUCCACAAUAAAGACCAUCCUUAGGCCUGUUCUGAAUGUGGCAAGAAAUUCUCACAAAGAGGCCAUCUUCGUAAACAUGUAAGAACACACAUUUGAUAGAGACCAUACUCAUUUCCUGAUUGUGACAAACUAUUCACAGGUAACAGCAGCCUUUAUAGACACAACAGAAUUCAUUCUGGAUUAAGGCCAUAUUGUUGCUCUGAAUGUGGCAAGCGAUUCAUAUAACCCUGCAGCCUUCAACAACACGUGAGAACUUACACAGGAGAAAAGCCAUACCGUUGCUCUAAGUGUGGAAAAACAUUCAUACAGUACAGAAAACCCCUCUUCAGGGACACAUGAAAAUUCAUGCUAAAAAGGCAAAGUCCAAAGAGACUGUAAAUAACAAAAAGAAAAAUCUGAAAUAAUUCAGUCGGGUGUGGAAAGAAAAUUGGAAUUGCUCUGCUAGUUGGUUACACAGAAUGCGAUUGACAAAAAUUGGCAGACUCAUUUAGGCAACGCUGCUUAUUAAUUUACUGUAAGUGGCUUUUGCACUAAUGACUAUUGCAUAUUGUACAUAGGUCUACUUUACAAGUUCUAAUGUUAUUUAUCUUAUGUUAUACUUCUAUGCUUUUUUAUAUUUUAUUAUACUACUAAUUUGAGAGAGAAUCAGUAUUUUGAUUCUCCUGUAUGUUCUGUACAUAUAGUGAAUUGACAGUAAAAGGCUAUUUGAUUUGA